ACUGGGUCUAAUACUUUAACAAGUCAGUUGUUUACUGCCACCAAGAAUAUGAUAAUCGAUAUUGGCAAAAUCAUUUUGUUUUUCACAUUAUAUCCAGCUGGCUAGAGCAUGCGACAUGGAUUUUACAUCACACCUGAGAUUGGCUUUGAUUGGACAACUGGUAAAGGAAACCUGUUCAGUUAUUUUACCUACGGCGAUGCAUUUGCUGAGGUUGAAAUUGACACGUUGACAGGAGAUUUUCACACAAGAACAGAAAAUAUUGAAGGAGCAUUUGGUCAAGGUCUGGGUUGGGUUGCAUUGGAAGAACUGAAGUGGGGAGAUGCAGCUCAUAAGUGGAUUCCACCUGGUUGUUUGUACACGUGUGGGCCUGGAACUUACAAAAUUCCUUCAGUAAAUGAUGUCCCCUUCAAGUUCAAUGUUUCACUUCUGAAGGGUCAUCCAAAUGUAAAAGCCAUUCACACAUCCAAAGCAGUUGGCGAACCACCAUUUUUUCUGGCUUAAUCGGUGUUUUUGGCCCUCAAAGAUGCCAUUAUAGCUGCUAGAAAAGACACCGGGUAUGAAAGGUGGUUCCCUCUCUUGACAAUCCUGCAACACCAGAACGUAUCAGGAUGGCUUGCUUGGAUGAAUUUACAGCACCAUUUAUAAGGUCUGACUUCCUUCCAAAGCUUAGCAUUUGAUCUGCAGAUUAGAAUCCAUUUGUACCUGGAAUAAAUGACUUCAGUAAAG